AUGACCCAGGAGAUUGAUAUGGCGAUGAUGUACUGGGCGAACAGGACUCGAAUGAUACCGUUCAGUAUUCUCUUCAAGCAAUAUACACUAAGCUUUUAUUGGUCUGCUCUAACGUUGGUCACUCUUGGAGAACAGGUAAUUGUCGGUGAUGUUGGUAAUAUGGUGACGAACAUGAACAUGAAACGUUCGAACUUUGAAGAGGUUCUUGAUGGAUGCAAGAGCUAUAUGAUCUAUAGAAAAGUGCAAAGCGUCCUUCAGCGCAAAGCAGUGGAAUAUUUUGCCUACACAUGGUCUCAUGGCGGAGGUCAAAUGGACGAAGAGGAAUGUGAGCCAAAUCUCCUCUACGAGCAUAAUUCUUGA